AUGGAGUCCAUCUUGAACUGUCCUCUCGCCGGAAGCUGUCUUGCUCAUUUGCAAGUGGGACCAGCAGACCUCAGCAGCUCACCUGCAUGGUCUUCAUGUCUGGCGCCUGCUGAGCACAGGACGUUCGCCACUUCCUCUGCUGCCACUUCAGGCGCUGAUGAGUUGGUCAAGAUCGGCUUUGUCGGGGCAGGGGGUGUUUCUUUUGGCACUGCAGAAGGCCCCUGGAAUCAUUCUGUGCGGCUAGAAAAGCAGCCCAACGUCCAGUUCACUGCCAUCAUCGAUCCCAACCUGGACCUAGCGCAGAAACGGGUGGACGAUCUCAGCAAGGGCUCUUAUGGCCACAAGUGGAAGGGCUGCCCUGUGUACAAAAGCUACCAGGCCAUGCUGGAAGAAUCUAAGCAGGAAAACCGCCCGGAUGCUAUGAUCAUUGGCGUUCCACCCAUGCUUCACGGCUCAUUGGAUGUGCCUUCGUCUGCGAUGGAGCUUGAUCUGGCAAAGGCAGGGAUGCACAUGCUUGUGGAGAAGCCAAUAAGCAUGCGCCCUGCUGAGGAGGUUGAGAGAUUAGCCCAGGUGCUGCAUGAGAUGGCAGAUGAGAAGAAGCUGGUCAUUGCAGUGGGCUACAUGCUUCGCUACAACCCUGCCAUUGAAACUGCCAAGGCACUCCUGAAGGAGCUGGGGCGGCCGCUGACAUCAAUAGUGGGGCGUUACAACUGCACCUACAACAACAUCUACAAGCCGCAGUGGUGGCACACACUGCAGAGCGGCGGCUGCAUUGUGGAGCAGGCCACGCACUUUGUGGAUGCCAUGCGCUACCUGUCAGGCUCAGAGCUCGACCGAGACUCCAUCCGCGCAGUCGCCGUGGGCCCUGACAUGAAGCUCUCUGACAUGCCGCCCCCGCCGCAUGCCGAGCACGAGGUGCCAUAUGACAUGAGGGUGAAUCGUGCAACUCUGGCGGUGUUCAAAUUUGAAAGCGGGGCGGUGGGUUCCUUAAACCACACGCUGCUGAUGCACGGCCAGAACUUCUUCACAGAGCUGGACAUCUUCGGCGAUGGCUUCCACAUCAUAGUCAGAGACCCCUACCAGAAGCCUGCAGUUAUUGUGCGGCGGCCAAACUCAAAUGACUACGAGCAGGUGCCCCUGGAUCUGGGCCGAGACAUGUAUGAGAAGCAGUUCGAUGCUUUCCUGCAUGCGGUGAGGACAGGUGACCAGAGUGAUGUGCGCUGCCUGUUCCAUGAUGCUGCGCGCACCUACGAGACCAGCUGGUGGAUCUCAGCGGCAGCCGGCUCACCCGUCCCUGACAGCAGUGUGCCAGAAUGAAGUGGCCUACUUUGGGCCAUCAAAAUUUUGACAUCAAAGGAGUGGAAUACUACGGUAUAUGACGAUAAUCCCACGGAUCAGUACCGAUUACCAUACUGUGACCAUCUGUUCUGCAGUGGUGGGCACAUGCACAUAAUAUUUAAUGGUGGUAUAGAUGGAUGCCAUUGAGUGCUAGCAGCGGUGCUGAGAGCGCUGGCCUCCAGCAGAAAGGGCAGCCUCGCAUCGUGCUGCAUACUGCAAGCAAAUUGAGUGCUCUUGACUGUUUCACCAGGGAUCAGUACGUGGUAGAAAACAGAGCAAAGUGCAUUCGCUGGUGCAGAGUCUAAAACAUCUGACAUUCGAGGCAGUUAAGGAGCUGGGUGACUGUUGCAUGCUGCGUCCUAAAUUGCAGUUUCGAUUGAGCUGACUUGACACUGGUGAGACUUGAUGUGACAAACGCUGCGGAAGAGAAGAGAGACCUUAUAAACAUUUACAAGAG